GGGGCGGGCCGAAGCUGAUCUGACACUAGAGGUGGGGUCCAAGCUUGGUCCCUGGAAAGCCGGCUGGAUCCGGAUGGGGAGACCCAGGAGCUGUCCCGCCCUGCGAAUCGCCCUUUACUGCUAGGUUUGGAGGACGGAGGUGCCCAGUCCUAUAAGGCACACCACUCCGUCGCUGGCAGGGUCUGGGAGUUAGGGUCCCUGGGUUCUGAUUCCCUCACUUGCAUGGACGUCGCGUGACCUAGGCCCCCCCUUUUUUUCUUUACCUGGGCCUCAGUUUCUCCAUCUUUACGAUACCGGAGGGUUGGAACUGCCAAGCGCUAGUAUUCCAGAACUGUAACGGGGAGAGGAGCAGGGGGAGAUGGGGGACCUACACGUGAUCUCCCCGCGCGGGGCCCCGCCCAUCCCUGGUCUAAGGGAUGGAAGUGCCCUCCGAGGACGGGCGGGGGUGGACGAAUCCUAAGAAACCCGACCCAGCAGCCCUCAGCAGCGGCUAAGGCGGAGCGCGCGGCUCGGCGGCCAGCUAUCCCAGGCGACGGCACCUGAGAAGGAUGGGGACCACAACCCAGGCUUCGCAGAGAGCCACCUUGCAGGCGAGGGCGGUGCAGCGACUCGGCGUGUGACUCCGAGCGAAUCGAGGGAGGAUGGACGAGGGAAUGGGAGAUAGCUAACGGGGCUCCCUCUCUGCGUCCGGUCCGCAGAGGUGCACGUCGCAGGUCUUCAGAGGCUCCGUCGACAACAGCGGCAGCACCGAGCUAGUGUCGGGCCAUGAGGAGCGCGCGGGCCGCCCGGCCCCGGGCCGCCGUCGGGGCUGACAGCGUCCUGCCGAGCUGAGGGCGUGGACCGGAGAGGGGCGCGGGCGGCCGGGCUGCGCAGAAGCGCACAGCCAUGGCGAGGGAGGAGUGCAAGGCACUGCUGGACGCUCUCAACAAGGCGACCGCAUGCUACCACCACCUGGUGCUGACCGUCGGCGGCUCGGCGGACUCGCAGAACCUGCGUGAGGAGCUGCAGAAGACGCGCCAAAAGGCGCAGGAGCUGGCGGUAGCCACCCGCGCCCAGCUGACGGCCGCGCUGCGCGACCGGGGCCUGGGCGCCGAGGAGCGCGCCGAGUUCGAGCGCCUCUGGGUGGCCUUCUCCGGCUGCCUGGACCUGCUGGAAGCCGACAUGCGGCGCGCACUGGCCCUGGGCACCGCGUUCCCGCUGCACGCGCCGCGGCGGCCGCCGCUUCAAUACAGCCUUCUUCUUGUGCGCCCUGAGCGAGCCGCCGCAGGUCUACCCAGACUUGACCGAGGUGGUGAGCUGCCAGGUAGGGCGUGCUGGGCCGGAGUGGGGACCCACCGGAACUUGAGAAUGAGGGCCCCGGCCAGCAGCCAAGGCCCAUCUGGAAUAAGCCCAGCAUAGAGAGGCUGAUUACAGGUGUUCUUCCCUCUGUCAUGGGUCUACAGCUGGUGGACCUAAGUUUAAUUAUGUCCUCGAGAACAUACUUUAUGUGGUUUCAGU